AUGGCCGAGACCCAGCAGCGUCAGCUCGCGUAUUGGCUGGAGCAGCUCGAGGAAAGCCAGCCCGCCGAGCUGUUGUGCGACAAGCCCCGACCGGCCAUCUCCUCAGGCAAGGCGCAGGUCCACCACUUCGCCCUCGAUGGCCGGCUUCACCAGGAGCUCCAGACCUUCUGCCAGACACACCAGACGACUCCCUUUGUGGUGCUCCUCGCCGCUUUCAGAGUCAUGCACUACCGUCUCACCGGUGUCGACGAUGCCACCAUUGGGACACCCGUUCCUAGCAACACCAACCUCUUAUGCAUUCGUACCAUCAUCGAGCCAGAGGACUCAUUCCAUGCUCUCGUUCAGCAAGUCCAACAAACAAACAGCGUGGCCUCUAGUAACCAGGAUGUCGCCUUCCAGAAAAUUGUCUCUGAGCUGCGUCCCGGAACCGCUGACUUGUCCCGCAACCCGCUCGUUCGGACGACAUUUGCAGUUCAUCCGUCAGGAGACUCUAACAGCCUAUGGCUCGAUGGGGUGACGGUAGCCACGUCAAAUUUUGACAUUGAAUGCCAUCUCGUCCAAGAGGCUCAGUGCAUGAGCGGUCAUAUCAUCUUCUCGGAUGAUCUGUUCGAAGCUUCAUCCAUCCGUUUUGUUGAGUCCAUCUUUACUGAGGUCCUCGCCCGUGGCCUCCAGACACCCGAAGUCCACGUCUCGAAGCUGCAACUAACCCAGGGCCUCUCAGCACUGGCUGAUUUGGGUCUCCUAGAAGUUGCGCGCACCGAUUAUCCGCGCGACUCCAGCGUCGUCGAGCUCUUCCGGAGACAAGUAUCUCUCAGUCCCGACGCCAUUGCCGUCAAGAACGCAUACUCGUCUUCUCAGCUCACGUACGCGGAGCUGGACCGGCAGUCGGAUCAGCUCGCCCACUGGCUGGUUCAGCGCGGGCUCGCUCCAGAGGCCAUGGUCGCGGUGCUGGCGCCGCGGUCAUGCGAGACAAUCGUGGCCCUGUUGGCCAUUCUCAAGGCCGAUCUGGCCUAUUUACCUCUCGACGUCAACAUUCCCUUUGGUCGCCUCGAGAGCAUUCUUUCCGAGAUCCAGGGAGACAAGCUCGUUUUUCUCGGCGCCGGCAUCACGCCUCCCGCUCUGCAGCUCAAGGGCGUGAGCUUCCGCCACAUUGCCCAGGCCCUGGACGAGCAAGGGCCGCUUAUCGCUGGCGCUCUGCCGACACCAACAGCUUCUAGCCUCGCAUAUGUCUUGUUCACAUCCGGGUCAACGGGCAAGCCCAAGGGUGUCCAAGUGGAGCACCGCGGCAUCGUGCGCCUGGUCCGCGAGACCAACGUGGCCUCCAAGACGCAGUCAAGUGGCAACAUUGCGCAUAUUACCAACCUGGCCUUUGACACCUCGACGUGGGAAAUCUACGCCGCGCUGCUAAACGGCGGAACGCUCAUCUGUAUUGAUUACAUGUCAGUCAUCGACCCGAUCACUCUGGGACGGGUGCUGCAGCGCGAGGCCGUGCAGUCCUGCAUGCUCACGCCUGCCCUUCUCAAGCAGUGCCUUGCCACAGCACCAUCUGGUCUUUCCGGCCUGGAAUUACUCUUCUCUGCCGGAGACCGCCUCGACCCACGCGAUGCUGUCAAGGCCAAGGGGAUCAUCAAGGGCGACCUUGUCAACGCCUACGGUCCCACCGAGAACACCACCUUCAGCACCGUCUACAAUGUCCCAGCCAACGAGAAUUUUGUGAACAGCGUGCCCAUAGGUGUAGCCAUCAGCAACUCCGGCGCUUUCGUCAUGGAUCCAGAGCAGCGCCUCGUGCCCCCUGGCGUCAUGGGUGAGCUCAUCGUCACGGGCGACGGUCUCGCCCGAGGAUACACUAACGCGGAACUCAACAAGGAACGAUUCGUACAGGUGGACAUCCACGGUAAGUCUAUCCGCGGCUAUCGUACCGGUGACCGAGUGCGCCAACGCCCUUCGGACGGCAUGAUCGAGUUCUUUGGUCGUAUGGACUUCCAGGUCAAGGUCCGUGGUCACCGCAUUGAGCUGCCCGAGAUUGAGCACGCUCUUCUGCGUAACAGUUCUGUCAGCGAUGCUGUUACUUUGGUGUACCAACCUGAAGGCGAGCCGGCGGAGCUUGUCAGCUUCGUCACUGUCCAAGGUGAAAACACAGACGCCCCUGCUGAGCACAAGGGCCGGUCCAAAGAGUUUCUGACCAACAAGGCCCAAGUGGUCGAGGAUCUGCUCAAGACGGAGCUGCGAGCCUCGCUUCCCAAGUACAUGAUCCCUGCACGCAUCGCCGUGCUGGACAACAUGCCCAUCAACGCCAAUGGCAAGGUGGACCGCAAGCAGCUGGCAAGACUGGCGAGCACGUUCGCGAAAGCGACUAAGGGUUCUCGCCAGAUCGCGGAGCCACGCACAGCCCUGGAGCGUGCCGUGUGCGAGGAGCUCUCCAGUGUGCUCAACCUCGAUGCCGUCGGCAUCACCGACAAUUUUUUCGACCUUGGCGGGCACUCGCUCACGGCCCCGUGUCUUGUCGCUCGUAUCAACCAGCGUCUGAAUGCAACUAUCCAUUUGCGGGACGUGUUCGCUCAUCCCGUGGUUGCUGAUCUGGCUAGAAAGGUUGGCGAGUCGCUGGAUGAUUCGCCCCCAAACAACUUGGGCCAGGAAUCCGGCAGUGACGAAGCUUUCGAGAUUCAAGAUGAGGAGGAGCUGCUGACAAUGCCGCUGGCCAUCAAGCUGCGACAUUUCAACUCUCAUGCCCGUCCGCAGUGCGUCAAGUCGUUAGGCAUCGCCAGCGAGGACAUCGAGGAGGUUCUUCCUGCCACUGGUAUCCAGACCCGCAUGCUCGUCUUCGUCGAGGAAGCCGAGGAGAUGAACAUCACCAAGCCCUGCAUCGAGCACUUUGUUUACCACGUGCCUCAGGAGCUUGACCCCGCCCGUCUCGAGCAGACCAUCGUCGACGUCACUAAGCAGCAUGACGCUUUCCGUACCGUUGAGCAUCCCCUGAGCCCCUACGCCCAGUGCAUCCUCAACCCUGUGCACCCUCGUGCCCAGCUGCCCAUGGUCCACAGCGUCGUGCAUGAGUACGAUACCAGCCCGGAUAGCCUCUGGGAGCAGACCAUCGGCAACGCCCAGCGCAGUGCCGAGGAGUAUAUCCGUCCGGACCGCGUCGGUGCCGUUUUCCAGGUCGUGCGCACAGCUGAUAACAAGCACCACGUCUUCAUCUUCUCCCUCUUCCACCUCAUUUACGACGGUAUGAGUUUUGACUUCCUACGCCGCUUGUUCGCCCAGGCGUACGAGGGCGUUCCAUCCAAUGACCUCCCCGCGGUCGGCAUGCGCUUCCCCGUCGAGGAGCACUACAGCACUGACUGGCUCGCUACCAGCAUGUACUGGAUGAAGCAUUUCGCCGGUGCAACCCCUUUCAAGGCUGGCCAGACGGUGCUCAAGCGGAGCAUCCCCAGACAGUUCACAUCGAUCCGCACCACUCAGGACACCGCCUGCGAGAUUCUCGAUUCCUCUAUCAGCUUGAACGAGCUCUUCUUCCUCAGCAAAGCCGCCAAGUUCCCCUCGCCCAUGGCCGUCGUUCAGGGCGCCUGGGCCAUGACACUAGCGCAGACGCUCGUUAAGGAUGCUGGGCAGGAGCGUUCCGCCGCCAACCUCGACGUGCAAUUUGGCAGCUCUUCCCCCACACGUAUCACUUUUGCGGACGCGUACAAGGGCGAAAAGGAAGGCGGAACCAAGAAACGCACUCACCGCGAGAUCUGCCAGGAGCUGUUCAUGCAGUAUGUCGACUCGCUGGCAUACUCAGAGAUGCCCUGCCCUACCGUCGACUUUGCCAAGCUGACGCGCCGCUUCGACAACACUAUCAUCUUGCAGACCUAUCCCAAAGAGGAGGCCGCUGUCGACGCCAGUAGGUUGGCCCGGACCAGCAUGGAGACCUUGCCGGGGUUCACCCGUGAGGAACACCUGCAGACUCCUUGGAAAGAGUCUAACCACGGCUACCCGAUCUUGAUGGAGCUCUGGCCCGGGUGCGACAGCGAGGAUGAGAAACUCCGCCUACGCUGCACAUACAACAGACACUGGCCGGGCUACGAGUUCAUGACCCAGGAGUGGGCCCAAGGCUUACUGCUGGCCCUGAGCGACGCGCUCGACCAGAUCUUGCACAACCCUGAGGGAGAGUUUGAUCCUGUGAGGCUUGUCGAGGCAAGACAACAGUAG